UCGGCACACAAAAACUGCUGGGUACCGUGUCCCAUCCAGUCAUUUCUCUCCAUGUUGGCUUGAGAACGGGAGCCUCUGUGGGAGAUGUCAGGCCUGGAAAGGGCUCUGGCUCAUGCCGGUUUGGGGUGAUACUUUCAGAUACGACCCGGAUGUCCUCCGGCCCAGAUCUCCUGAGAUCUCUCUUCCCGUAGCCGAGUCCGCCCCGCCCCGCCCCGCCCGCAGUGAGGCGGAACUCGCGUCCCGCUGCCUCAGUUUUGUGGGGGCCUCUGCGUCCCCUCCCAGCCGCCCGGGUGUGGGCCUGAAGAACACGGUCGUCCGGGCUUUUUGUCUGACCUUUGACCUAGUCCGUGGGGGGUAGAGGGCGCUGGUCUCGGCACGCCGCGUGCGCGGUGACCGUUGGUGGCGGCGGCGGUGUCGCUGCGCUGCGCGGUGAGGACACGGCUGUGGGCGGGCGGCCGUGGGUGCCGGUACUACCGAGCCUGGGGGCUGGGGGGGCGGCGGCAGGGGGCGGGCGAGGCCCUGGGGCUCUUGCCAGAUCAGAGUUCCUCCCGGAGAACCGUGGGCCACACCCGCCUACACUGGGAGGAAAGGGAAGAAAGUGCCCCGCUUCGGGGCCUCCUGCUGUAGCGAGGGUCAACCUCAAGGAAAUCAUGGCGAUCGCCCCAUUCUGGGGUGGUUUGUAACCUCAUUUGUUACAUCGUUGUAGUGUUGCUCUGUGUAUCUUCAGUGUAUUACAUAAAGACAUGGUCACUUUUAGGGAAAAUGUCUGAAAAACUAAGAAGAUGCAGAAAGGAGCUGACCGCAGCCAUUGACCGGGCCUUUGAAGGAGUCAGUCAUUCCCAGGAGUGCACAGGCCAGCAGAGGCUGGAGCUGGACGCUGCUCCGCUUUCCUUCUCGCUGCCUGUGCAAAGACUCCUCUGCAGAAGACAUCCCUUGGCAGCCUGCUCUGCUGAUGCUCCUUUUGCGGCUGUCCCAUGUGCUCCUGAGAAUGAGAACCCUGCCUUUGCAUCAAACCAUGUCCCAGUAAAUGCAAAACCACAUGCUUUAUGUCCCAAAAGAAAACCUCUGACCAGUAAAGAAAAUGUAUUCAUGCAUUCCUCCAUUUUGGCACCUGAAAGACAGUUUUGGAGAGUUGCAGGAGAUGGGGAAAACUGGAGAAAAGAAAGUUUAAGGAAAGAUGUGGAGAAAGAUUUGAAGGUUGACUCAAACAUGCCACUCAACAAUUCUAACCAAGAGGUCACAAAAGAUCUGCUUGACAUGAUUGACCAUACAAGCAUCCGAACUAUUGAAGAAUUGGCCGGAAAACUAGAAUUCGAAAACGAGUUGAACCAUGUGUGCGGUCGCUGCCCAGAUUCACCCUUCAAGGAGGAAGCCUGGGCUCUGCUCAUAGAUGAGAGCCCUCAGAAGGCACUGGAUGCUGACCCUGGUAGUCUCAAGCAGGCUUUCGAUGAUCAUAAUGUAGUUGAGACUGUUCUGGACUUGGAAGAGGACUACAAUUUGAUGACCUCUUUUAAAUACCAAAUGGAUUAAGGACAGUUGAUCUUAGCUUUGAUUCUUUACAGCAGGAGGCUGCCAUUAAGGAGCCUGAGCAGAAGCAGCCAUGGUGGUUGUUAGGGGCCACAUUUUUCAAAGGGUUCGCAAAACCUUUUUAAACUCCCAGUUAUGUCCCUUUUUGAGCUGAGAGCCCAGUUUUUGAAUUCUGUUGCUCUAGUAUAUUUCCUACUGUUGAUUUUGACUUUUCUUGACAUCUUGAAUAUGUUUUUUAAAUUGAUGUUCAAUAUACCCAGUACCCAAGGUAGGUGCAGGUUGUGGGCCUCUGUUGUGUCUUUUGGUGUUCUUUUCCAUGGGCCCCUAAAAAAGUACAGGAACCACUACCAGGGUGGGCUUUGUACACCCCUGGGACCAGCCCAUCCCGGGCUAGAUCAGGCCACACAGAGGAAUCAGGGUUCACCUAGACCUUGGCCUGGGCCCUCUGCCACCCUUAUUACACAGUUUUCUCUCCUUGUGUACUUUGUACACAUAGCUCCCUGUUCUCUGCAUGGGCCCCAUGCCCUCCCCAUGCCCUCGCCAUGUCUAGACCUACCUCCCCUCAAUUCCCCCAUCCCUGUCCCUGCCCAGCUUCCAGGCUUCUGCAGAGGGCUCCUGGUUGAAUCAGAAGAGCUGGCAGGAUCCCUGGCUUCCUCCUGACAGGACAUUCCCGUGAGGCCUCCCUACCACACCUCACACCCCCAGACACCUGGGUCCUGAGCUGAGGGGGAAUGGAGGGGGAAAGGUAAGUACAGGUCCUGCCCAUCCGCCUUUCUACCUGAGCCUCAUCCCUCCCACCUCAGGCCUGGAGACCACAGGUGGUUCCUGUGGCAAUGACCCUGCUGGGGAAGACAGGGCAGGGAGGGAAAAAGAGCCAGGCCAUUGCCCUCCUGAGGUCAGCAUAGUAUCAAAAGUUUAUUGGCUCCAGCUCCACCCCUGGAAAGAAAGGACAUCAUUAGAAAUUAUUUGGACAUAUAUUUCAAAGCCAUGAUGUUCUCUCAGGAAACCUAAUAAGCUGUUGGGCAAGGUUUGAUGUAUCCCAGAAACUGAGUCUCAGGGAAGUGCCACCUUCUGAGCUAAUCAGGAAGGAGGAUGGGGGCGAGGAGGCUGGCACUGGGCUGUUUGGCAGACUGGAAGCCUGAACAAACCAAAGAGCUGGGGAGAAAGGCCCAACAGCUGAGUGACUGCCCACCAGGCCACCUUCUAGGCCAGUGACCCUGGCAUAGGAGAGGCUGCAGAGCCAGCAACACCCCUUUACCACAGGUCUAGUGAGCCCUCUGGCUCAAAGGUGGAGGCUGCACAUCCAGUCCUUAGCAGAGCUCAGCCCAGGCCCUGCCAGUGCCCCAAGAACUGUGGUGCAGCUAGACCCCAGCCACUUGGUCAGGUGUGCCUCCCCAAUGGGUGUGCACUGGUUUCCACCCAGUUGUGGUCACUGCCCUACCUGGGGCAGGAAGGGAGGACAAGGCUAGCCAGAGGCUCCUCCCAGGCCACCUGCCACUCAGUCCCAGCAGGAGGUAGCACCCUCAAUAAGCAUUCACAGCCUGUGGAGUUAGAGGCCAUUUUCUUCUUCCAAAGCAGGAAGAAUGGGAACAAAUGAGAAGAAAUACAACCAUCCUUGGCUGUCUGUAUGGAGAGAUGUCAGACUGAUAUUUAAAAAACUCUCAAAACAGUACAUUCCAAAUAUACGUGGAUGUGGAUACUCUCCUAUGGAAGGAGUGGGGCUUAAUUGUCAUCCCUUCCCACCCACCACCCACCCUAUCAACACCCUUUGAGAGUGAGCUAGACUUAAUGACUUUUUCCCGAAGACUAAGGAAAGAGAAAAAUCACAAGCUAACAGUGGAGAAACCUGGCAUACACUACCUUAACCAAAUAUUGAAAGUUAACCUCACCAGUGAUGUUACAUGAGUGUGACACACACCCUGAUACGAUGCCACAAGAAGGGUGCUUCACCUCCCUGGUAUUCUUACCAAAUCUCCAUCUCCCUAGUUUAUGAUCAGGAGACAAAUGUCAGACAAACCCAGAUUGGGGGACGUUCUACAGGAUACCUGGCUAGAACUCAAGACUGUCAAGGUCAUGAAAAACAAGGAAAGACUCAAAAACCAUCAUAGACCACUAAAGACUAAGGAGACACAAUGACUAAAUGCAAUGUGGAAUCCUGGAUUGCAUCCUGGGACAGAGGACAUUAAUGGAAAAACUGGUAAAAUCCGAAUAAAGCCUAAAGUUUAGUUAA